UCUCAGACUGACAUUCAUUCAGCACUCACUGCCACCUUUAAACCGAUGUACUCUGUCCGCUUUAUCCGCUAGUGUCAAUAGCCGAUACCUUGCUCACUUCACUUCGUCUCCAGCACCAUGCUCAGGAUGCUACAGAAACUCCAGCUCCAACCGGGGAUGCUUCUACUAUUGAUAUGGCUCUGUCAUUUCAUGGAAGAUCAAAAAGUACAAGCUGGUAACUGCUGGUUACAGCAGGGGAAGAACGGGAGGUGUCAGGUGCUCUACGUACCGGGGAUGAGCCGAGAGGAAUGCUGUAGAAGCGGGAGGCUGGGGACGUCAUGGACCGAGGAGGAUGUACCCAACAGCACCUUGUUCCGGUGGAUGAUCUUUAACGGCGGAGCCCCCAACUGCAUACCCUGCAAAGAAACGUGCGACAACGUGGACUGUGGACCUGGAAAGAGAUGCAAGAUGAACAGGAGAAGCAAGCCACGCUGCGUCUGCGCGCCAGACUGCUCCAACGUCACUUGGAAAGGACCUGUUUGCGGGUCGGAUGGAAAGACGUACAAAGACGAGUGUGCGUUGCUCAAGUCCAAAUGUAAAGUCCAUCUGGACCUGGAAGUACAGUACCAGGGCAAAUGCAAGAAGACCUGCCGUGACGUGUUAUGCCCAGGAAGCUCCACGUGCGUCGUGGACCAGACGAAUAACGCAUAUUGUGUGAUGUGUAAUCGGAUCUGCCCUGAACAGAGGUCACCGGAUCAGUUCCUGUGUGGCAACGACGGGAUCAUCUAUGCCAGUGCGUGCCAUCUGAGGAGGGCCACAUGUCUCCUGGGCAGAUCCAUAGGAGUAGCAUAUCAGGGGAGAUGCAUCAAGGCCAAGUCGUGCGAGGACAUCCAGUGCAGCACGGGGAAGAAGUGUCUGUGGGAUGCCAGGAUGAGCCGAGGCCGCUGCUCCCUCUGUGACGAGGCGUGUCCGGAGAGCCGGAUGGACGAGGCGGUGUGCGCCAGCGACAACACCACCUACCCGUCAGAGUGUGUUAUGAAGCAGACUGCCUGCUCUCUGGGAACGCUCCUGGAAGUUAAGCAUUCAGGAUCUUGCAACUCCAUUACAGAAGCCCCGGAGGAAGAGGAGGAGGAGGAGGAGGAGCAGGAAGAUCAGGACUACACGAUUUAUAUCCACCUGUCCUCCUUAUUGGAUGGAUAGGUUGUCUAUCAUAUCCACCUGUCCUCCUUAUUGGAUGGAUAGGCUGUCUAUCAUAUCCACCUGUCCUCCUUAUUGGAUGGAUAGGCUGUCUAUCAUAUCCACCUGUCCUCCUCAUUGGAUGGAUAGGCUGUCUAUCAUAUCCACCUGUCCUCCUCAUUGGUGGAUAGGCUGUCUAUCAUAUCCACCUGUCCUCCUUAUUGGAUGGAUAGGCUGUCUAUCAUAUCCACCUGUCCUCCUUAUUGGAUGGAUAGGCUGUCUAUCAGAUCCACCUGUCCUCCUUAUUGGAUGGAUAGGCUGUCUAUCAUAUCCACCUGUCCUCCUUAUUGGAUGGAUAGGCUGUCUGUCAUAUAUCCACCUGUCCUCCUUAUUGGAUGGAUAGGCUGUCUAUCAUAUCCACCUGUCCUCCUUAUUGGAUGGAUAGGCUGUCUAUCAUAUCCACCUGUCCUCCUCAUUGGAUGGAUAGGCUGUCUAUCAUAUCCACCUGUCCUCCUUAUUGGAUGGAUAGGCUGUCUAUCAUAUCCACCUGUCCUCCUCAUUGGUGGAUAGGCUGUCUAUCAUAUCCACCUGUCCUCCUUAUUGGAUGGAUAGGCUGUCUAUCAUAUCCACCUGUCCUCCUUAUUGGAUGGAUAGGCUGUCUGUCAUAUAUCCACCUGUCCUCCUUAUUGGAUGGAUAGGCUGUCUAUCAUAUCCACCUGUCCUCCUUAUUGGAUGGAUAGGCUGUCUGUCAUAUAUCCACCUGUCCUCCUUAUUGGAUGGAUAGACUGUCAAUCAUAUCCACCUGUCCUCCUCAUUGGUGGAUAGUCUAUCUUCCUCCCCUCCUUAUUGGAUGGAUAGGCUGUCUAUCAUAUCCACCUGUCCUCCUUAUCCUUAUUGGUUGGAUAGACUGUCUAUCAAUCUGCCUGCCUGGUCUGCACUAGAGAGACAGUCCUUAGGCCUGGAACCAUGUUCAUACUGUACAGUCCAUAUGUGUAUGCUUAUAUAUUUUUUAAAGAGACAAAAGGUAUACAUUUAGUUCAGUUUUAGAUGUUUUAUUUAUACAUUUGGUUUGUGUUUUUAUAAUUUAUACAGUUUGUACUGUACUUACUAUCUACCAUGUUAUUGUUACCACCCGUUUUUAUCAAGUUUUUUUUAAAAUUAGUUUUCAUUAUUUUUUUUAUUAUUAUGAAGAAAUAUAUUUGUCCAAAGAGAAGCAGUGUUAUUUAUUAAAUAAAGUAAUCCGUCGUCUUUCUGUAAAUGGCAUCGUUGUUCCCCGAGCUGUAAAAAAUAAUAAAAAAAAACCUGCUCAUGUUCUUCACUAGAUGUUCACACGGUAACGCAUGUUUAACUUUACUAUGUGUUUAUUUAUGGGGUUAUCUAUCUUAUCUGUCAAUCGUUUAUAUACAGAAAUGUUUCUGCUUCCUGUUUACACCUCAUUAUAACUGGCCAAAGGGAUUCUUGUCAAUGGUUCUGCAGUGUAACGGUGCUUUGUGUGUUGUGUAAUGUGGUUAUAGCUGGUAGCCCCCCCCCCCCCCCCCCCCCCCUCGGUCCAAGAUCUUUGACUCCAUCGUUGUCAAGCUAUUGUUUGGUGUGACAAAUACAUGAGUUGGCAAAAGAGCAGAAACCACCUGGCACCCAGGAUAUGGUGACAUUAGUCCAGCGUGAGUCCUGGCUGUUAGGC